CAAUAGUGACAUGCGUCACGUAACCAAAAGAAAAACGCGGCAAAAACAAAUGAGUAUUUUCUUGAGUAAAGUAAUAUUUUUUUGGAUUGAGAUAUUUUUUUUAUCAGUGUAGAUACCCUGUAAUCAGAGAGACUGGCCGUAGGAGUUUGUCAAAUUCCCGCGUGUGAGAGAGAAACGUCUACGAUCGUAGAGGAGUGAGACGGGCCUGCGUUUAUCUCUCACUCGGGGGAAAUUCGACGGACUCACGUGGCCCGUCUCGGAUCGCGGGGUCUCCGCGGCGUCGAUUCCGGAAAAUCGAAAAGGCGAAAAGAAAAUGGCGCCAACGCGGAAAUUCGAAGGCGCGCGAUCUCGCAGGUGGAGGGGGUCUACGUUGUACGCACCUGGCGCUGCCCCUCUCUUCGCCCGCCCGAGCUCCCGGUCUGGGAGCAAGAUGGCGGAGAGUAGUGGGGCCCCGCGCGAGCACUUCGCCGUUCGUGACUUCGCGUCAGUCGUUUUCCGGGCCCAGUCGGCGACGUCGUGCGUUGCGAGUCUCGCUCGUGGAUCGUGUUCGCGUCGCGGGAGAAAGGAGUCGAAAAGGAAAGAGAUCGAGCAAGAGAGAGAGAGAGAGACAGAGGGAGGGGAAGCGGGACGCGUUACUCAGGAGAGCGCCUCGCUUCGGCUUUUCGUCCCCCCCCCCUGCGCGUUACCAAACUUGAGUGCGCAUUUUCGUGUCCCCGUCUUUUUUCGCGCCCGUUGAGGGGAAAAGCGAGGCGUCGAUUUUCGAGGGUCGGUCGGUCGGUCGGCCGGUCGAUCGAUCGAUCGAUCGAUUGCUCGCCCGCAGGGGAAAACUUCGAUCUCGUCCGUCUCUUUCCCGCGAGAGCCGACGACCGGGCCGUUUCCCCUGACUCCUGUCCGCAGGCCCUAACGAAAAUUCAGGGCGCCGGUUAGUUGCAGCACGGACGGCGAGCAGUUACGACAGCGGGGAGUACCGGCAACCACGAACGUUGACCAUCGAGGGACGGCAAAGCGGAAGAUUAAGCGAAAAUGGCGCUGUUCAGCUUGGUCUCGGCGGUCGCCGGGUUCGUGAAGCUGCGAUAUCUGAUCGACAAGGCCGUUAUCGACAACUUCGUCUUCAGAAUGCAUUACAGGCUCACGUCGGCCAUUCUGUUCCUUUGCUGCAUCAUUAUCACUGCCAAUAACUUGUUAGGCGAGCCCAUCAGCUGUCUGUCGGAAUUGACCAACGGCGCUCAUGUGGUCAACACGUUUUGCUGGAUCACCUCCACGUUCACGCUGCCGGGGACCUUGGCGAAGCCCGUAGGUACCCACGUGGCCCAUCCUGGCUUGGGUCUCGAUGAAGGAGGGGACAAAAGGUAUCACCAGUACUACCAGUGGGUGCCGUUCAUGCUGUUCCUCCAGGGCCUGUUAUUCUACAUGCCGCAUUGGAUGUGGAAACAGUGGGAGGAGGGUAAGAUGAGGCUGAUAUCCGAGGGCAUGAGAGGCACCAUGGUGGAGACCAAGCAGGAGCGGCAGGCAAAGAUCGAAAGAAUUGUCCAGUACCUCACAGACACCAUGCACCUGCACAAUAGCUACGCUGCCGGGUACUUCUUCUGCGAGGUCCUCAACUUUGUCAACACCAUCGGCAACAUAUUCUUCGUGGAUGUCUUCUUGGGCGGAAGUUUUCUUACAUACGGCAUGAAUGUGGUGAAGUGGAGCACCUUGAACCAAGAUGAACGUAGCGACCCGAUGAUCGAAAUAUUCCCGCGCCUGACCAAGUGCACUUUCCACAAGUACGGUGCCUCUGGUUCAAUCCAGUCGUAUGACGCGCUCUGCGUACUCGCGCUCAAUAUUUUCAACGAGAAAAUUUACAUCUUCCUGUGGUUUUGGUUCAUCAUAUUGGCGGUCUGUUCUGGCGUGGCGUUGAUGUACAGCAUGGCAAUAGUGUUGAUGCCCAGCACACGCGAAACGAUCCUCAGGAAACGUUUCAAGUUCGGCACAAAAUCUACAGUUAGCACGCUCAUCCGAAAGACUCAGGUCGGCGACUUCCUGAUGAUUCACUUGCUGGGUCAGAAUAUGAAUGUCAUGAUGUUCAACGACAUGCUGGAGGAGUUGUGCCGCCGUCUACAAUUCGGUAGCAGCAGCGACGCGUCGCCGACGUCGGUGCCAUCGGCGCCCAGUACCCUCGAGAUGUCGCCGAUAUAUCCGGAGAUUGAGAAAUUCUCCAAGGACACCGAGAUCUAAAUGCAAGAAAAAGGCCUCGGCGACUCGGCCGUCGUUACUUCCUUCCACUGCCCCUCCUCCCUCUUUUGACUUGUUCGUAUUGUGAUAAUAUCGAGGGCGGUUCUACAGUGCCGUUAUCUCGGUGCCAAUAAAGAGACAGGUUCGUGCCGCGUCGUCGAUUACCUUACCGCGAACGCUUGCAAAACCGUGUACCGCGUACCAGACGUCUCUCCUCGACGUCUCCUCACUGCCCAUCGGAGUUCGUGUUCAAUGCGGCCUUACUAUUACGCGACACUCGUAAAGUGUAAGCUCGAGCCGGCAUUAAAAAGCGUUGAUCCUUGUCUCCUGUCGACGAGGAGUUUCGCUCAUUACUGCGUGCUCGUUGAAACACGAGGCAGUCCUUGGACAUUUACGUCCAACGAGACUUUCAAUCGAGAAUUUCUGAAUGGGUAGAUCACUAUGUGUCUUCAUGAAAUGCAUGUUAUUUCUUAUUUUCUCUGUUAAUUGUAUUUUUCAUUCAACAAGGUCAUGAUCAUCUCCGAUUGGAGCUUCGUUCAAAAGUUUUAUUAUGAAGAUAUCCAUAAGUCAGACCGUAAGCUCGUAUAUAAAAUAAUACAUCAAUAAAUUAGUUAGUACCAACGCGCGAGUCACCUCAUCAACUUCUUCGUUGAAACUUUUGUCAUUGCGAGAUAUUUAUUUGACAUUGUUCGCUAUAAUGCAGUUCUAAUAUCUAAGCUUGGGUUGGAGAAACAACAUGAAUGCUAACCUUCGUCACCUCUUUACUCAGCCAACAGUCGUUAUGAGAUUUUCAUGUGCCGUAAAAACAAAGUUAGGACACAAGCCAACGAGGCUUCUUGCCGAUUAUUUCUCCAGGAGAUUUCUGUCAUGUUACUCUAUUAUGUAGUUUCUUUUAAUUCUUUUUCUAGAGAUAUUUCCGCUCGAUUGGUGCGACGCUAAUCAUAGCGAGAAUUACGUGCAUUGUGUUUCGACAUGUCGCUUAGAUUUGUCCGCUAGAAGAAUAAAAGGCACGUUGAUUAUCUUGCACCGACUGCAGCGGCACGAACCGACGUUAGAUUAUCAAAUAUAUAAAUGUAGGCGAUAACGCGCGAUGCUCUCGAAUCGUUAAGUCGCGACAGGUUUCCAAAUGUGAGAGACACAAUCCUUCUCGCUGUAAGAUCCAAUCAUUUUCACCAUUUUAAUCACCUGCUCCAUGUCGACGUGUCAAUGCCGAUUUAUCUCGCGGUAAUUUGAGGAGAGUAACGCGCAAAUUGAUAACGGUGUUCCUUAAUUCCCGUUCAUGUUAUAAACGCGACAUUCCUCUUACAUUAGCGACACAAGAAAAAGAGAGCAGACAUCGAAGCGGUAUCGUGGAUACACUGUUGCAUUACUUUUGAUACUUGCUAUUGCGAUACAUAACAAAUGCUCCGCAGAUCGCUUAUAUUAGUUAGACAAUAAUUAACCCGAAGUGAUGUAGAAGAACAUUCAUUGUCCUAUUAGUUGUAACGAGAAAUGUUUCGAUGUACGUCGUACGAUCUCGUUGCAAUCUUAUAGAAAUUCAAAAAGACACAGGUGAAAUAUGCUGCUCAACAACGAAUUCUCUAAUCGUUUAAAUAAUUGUAUAAAUACAUAGUAUAUAUAUACAUAGUAUAUAUAUUAAGUAUAUUCGAACAUCCGCAGGUUUUUCGUGCAAAAAGCGACAUUAACUUGAAACUUAAUGUUCGAAUGCACAGAAAAUCCACGGAUUGCAGAAUAUCGCACGAUCAACAGCGAAGACGUGAAGAUAUAACGAAUAACUUUACAUGAUAGACUGUGAAGUAAUUACACGUCCUGCUUGUAGUAGCCUAAUGAAGAUAAAUAGCGUAUCUAUAUUUCGAUAAGCAAAAGGAGAACAGAAAAGAAGAAAUGAACGUUUAUGCUUCCCAUGACUCAUUAUUUUUUUUACAAGUAUUUUCACGCGAUUGGCGCUAAGAUUGUAGCGAGGAUUGUGGCGAGUAGUAUAAUUGAAAUUUUCGACUGAAAAAGAAAAAUACCGUAAGUGCCGAGCGAUCCCAUUGACCGCAAGUAUAGCAGACAUUUCACGAAGUA